AUGUCUCAAGACAGAUAUAAAGGGUUCAGGAAAUUCCUUCAUUGCUGCAAGCUUCCCUGAGGAGCAGAAAGGAAGCACAGAGGACUUGCUCUACUUUUACUGCCAGAAGACAACUGAGCAAGGGCUCCAUGUACAUUUGUUAAUGGAUGUACACCUUACGGUAGUGGAAAAGACCCUCAGCCAAUAGGCUUUCCUGCUGAACAAUACUAUGAUGUCACUCAGCUGGCAAAAAAAAAAAGUGAUGUGUGUAUGAAUGAUGAACUAUCAUUGUGGCUGCCAUUCUCCCCCUCUUACCCCUACCCUACACACAUUUCUAGGUACACAUUGAGGUACACCAUGUUCCCAAACUUCAGAUCACCUGAGGGUUGAGACACUGGGAUCAAUUCAAGCAGUCAUCAACCUUUCCAUCCCAGUAUGUCUAGCAAGACUUUUGACACGGUUGUUCUGAGGAAGACCAGAGAAAAUGAAAUAAGAACCUUCCCUGCUGGUGUGCGAAUCAACCCAGAGCUCCUGCAGUUGGCAAUGCUUUCCAAGUUUGUUGAAGAAAAUGGUCAAACAUAUUUUUCAAAUCCACCAAGGACAGGAAACACUUCUGCUGGUCUGUCACAAGUGACACCUCCUGAAGGGUGCACUGCAUGCUUAUUUCAAGGUGAACAUCCCCAUAAAUCAAUUCUGCAAAAACACCCCACAAUAAACAACCUUCUGAAAAUCACUGACAUGUUGCAAAAAGAAGCAUUGUAGAGGUGGCAGGUUUCAGGAAGGCCCAGAUUUGAGCCCCUUCCAAAAUCUGCAUGUUCACUUUCCUACAAAGACUUCAAGUUCAGAUAUUUGGAUCAACAUAGGUUGAAAAACCCAGUUAGCCUAAGUAAGCCAAGCUUACCACUGGCUGUAAAGCAUGAAGAAAGGGGAAUUUUGUUGUACAGACUUUGCCAUCAAGAAACAUGUCUGCCUGCAUGGAGACCAGAGGAUGGGCCAAGAGAGAUAACACUGCCUGAAUGGAUCCCCAGCUGUGAAGUUCCUCAGCUCCACACAGGGCUGAUGGAGCUGCUACAUUCCUUCUCUAUGACAGCAGCACAAAAACAUGUACAUGAUUCUGUAAAAGGAGAGAGAAAAAAUCUCACAGAUAACACUACUGCAAAAGGACACAAGAACUAUGGUUUCAAUGAU